AUGAGAGGAAACGCCGCCCAGGUCAAGGUCCACUUCAAGGGAGCCGACGACGACUACAUCAUCUUUGUCGACUCUGCCCAGGCCGUUCGUGAUUGGAAGGCCGACAAGUCUGUUCCUCUUGCUCAGGUCGUCAGCGGCUGGAAGAUCCUUGUGUCACACAAACAAGGCACCACCGGUAUCCUUGACACUGCCUCCAACAGCCAGCUCGACAACGAGUUUGGAACUCACAAGGAGGAGGACGUAGUCCAGCAAAUCCUUGAGAAGGGCGACAUCCUCGAGACCGAGAACUCUGCCCGCAACGGUGACAGAAACAUCACCCAAGGCCCUUCGGUCGGCCACUAG